CUGCGCCUCAGGUGUGGCUGGCCACCGGUGGGAGGACAUGGCGGUGUGCCUGCCGGCUGUGGUGGAGGAGCUGCUGAGCGAGAUGGCCGCGGCGGUGCGGGAGAGCGCGCCAAUUCCUGAUGAGCACCUAUUAUCGCUGAAGUUUGUCUUUGGUGCAUCGGCUGUCCAGGCCUUGGACCUCGUCGAUCGACAGUCUGUCACCUUAAUAUUGUCACCCAGCGGAAGGCAGGUUUAUCAGGUCCUGGGAAGCUCUGGGAAAACCUACACCUGUUUGGCUUCUUGUCAUUACUGCUCAUGCCCUGCGUUCGCCUUCUCGGUGCUACGGAAGAGUGACAGCCUCCUGUGCAAACAUCUCUUGGCAGUUUAUCUUACUCAGGUUAUGGGGACCUGUCAGCAACUGAGUGUCUCUGACAAGCAACUCACUGACAUCUUGUUGAUGGAGAAGAGACAAGCAGCCUAAAACGCACUGAUGAGAUUCGUCCCUUUCAAGAUAGAAGUGCCACCAAGAAAUGCAUUUAACAUGUCUUGAUUCACACGGGAGAGGAGCCAUGACAUGGCUCUUCAAGACUUGUUACUGUCCAGUCCAUCAUGGGCUGCAAGACAGGCUGUGAGUGUGGGGAGUAUGCACAUGGCUGCAAGCCCAUGGGACCAGUGUUGUGGCCUAAGAGGUUUCAGCCUGUGGGUGCCGACAUCUCAAGAGUGCCAGUUUGAGUCCCAGACGGUCCACUUCCCAUCCAGCUUCUUUCUGAUGCACCUGGGAAAGCAGUGGAGGAUGGUCCCCAAGUCCUUGGGCCCCUGCAAUGAUGUGGAAGAGAACUGGAAGCUUCUGACCCCUGGCUUCAGACUGACCCAGCUCCAGCCAUGCAGCCUUAGGGGACGUAAACCAGCAGAUGGAAGAUACCUUUCUUGCUCUUUGCCUCUCCUCCUCUCUGUAACUCUAUCUUUGA